ACGAAUCCAACGGCAACAGGCUCGAUCCGGGUGAUGAUGUCCUUCAACCUCUUCACCGUCAGCGCAAGCAGGGCCAGUCACCUGAUCGCCACCCCACUCCUCGGAAGGUCGGUCCGCUUGACCGUUCGACAGUUCAGCGUCACGAUCAAUCGAGCAUCUCACAUCGGCUCAAAGCCUAUCGACAUCCCACCAGAAGUAACCCUCUCAUUCUCGUAUCCCGUGCGUCCUCGAACGUCGACAUCGGCCAUUCCUUAUGGCUACCCACAAAUCUCGGUCAAGGGAAAACUCGGUAAACUGGAUGUCGAUGUCCUCCCGUUCGUCACCUUCACCUUCGAAAGUCCAACGACCAAUCGAAUCCUAGGAGCCGAUCUCCAACCCACACCACUCACCUCACCCGGCAAAUUUGUUGCAGAAGUGCCUACAGCAGUUCCACAAGAUGUCAUAUCCGGACCGGGCCUCUUGAAGGUCAACGUUGCGGAUUCGGCGGCUAAGAAACAACGUGGGAUUUGGGGCCUCACUCGGGCUCUCAUGGCCAACGCCGUCCAUGGAGUCACUGAGGCCUUUACAUCAUCUCUCGAAUUGGUCGGCGUUGGUUAUCGGGCAUCUCUUGAAGACAUCCCUCCACACCCAAACCAACCAGCUAACUCUCAACCCAAACGCCAGCGGCUCAACCUUCGAGUCGGUUACUCUCAUCCGGUACUCAUCAACUUACCCGACUCGGAUACUUUUCUCUCUUGCGAAGUACCUUCGCCUAAUAGAAUCCUACUCAAAGGUAUCGACAAACAAGAACUUGGACUACUGGGUGCUGGAAUACGAAAAUGGAGACCCCCAGAACCAUACAAUGGGAAAGGUAUCUAUUUGAAUAACGAAAUCAUCAAGAGGAAGGAAGUGAAGAAGAAAUAAACCAUCCUCCGAUGACAUAACCGAAUGCGAAGAGAGAGAAAAUCCUGGAUGAACCAAUCUCGCGGAUUCACAAGCCAUGUUUCGAUUUGGUCAAUCAAGCACGAUAGUGAAUUCACGUCGAUCUGUAUACCUUCAGAACAUGAGUCUAAAAACUCAAAACUAGAACCAUACCAGAUAGACCCUAUAUAUCUGUCCUUUUCAUUGUCAACAUUACCGUCCCUUUCCAACAAGUUUGAGCUGUUUUUCACAUAUUCCCUUUUGCAAAUCAACCACCAUGUUUUCUAUGAAAUGCACAAUUGAAAUGAGGAUUAUGAUUAUCAGUGAAAAUCUACAAUUGUUUUUUUGCUGCUUGUAGAGAAAACUCGGCUUUGUUGUGGGCUUCACACUCAAUGUACAUUGUUAAAAGAAAAACCCAUGGUGGAAGUCUC